AUGACUCGCGAUGAACUCACCAUGCAACCACCAAACUCUUCAGAAUUCCCUUAUAUGGAAAUCCUCGAAGAAUUUAUGGCUAAGGAGCAACUUAAAAAGAAUAAGAGUUAUGACGUCGUGGAUCGAUACCGAUUUGAUAUGUCCGAAGAGGUUGAAGACAAGGUAGAUCGAGGUGGCCGAAAACGGCGAAGAAAUGAUUUCCCUACUGGUGACAAAGUUCCGGCAGCGCCAUGUUGGUUCUGCUUGUCGAAUGUGGAUGUGGAAAAGCAUCUCGUUGUCAGUGUAGGCGAUCAUUGUUAUGCUGCUAUGCCUAAAGGACCGCUAGUAGAUGAUCAUGUUAUGGUGCUCACGAUAGGU